AAACGAAAUUUCAUGAAAGCAGCACAUAAUAGUGGUCGGUACUCGGUAGUCGGAAAAUCGGUGGCCCAGCCCAGCCAUACCAAGAGGCCAAUCCACACGAGUCAAUCAGCACGCCUUCCACGACCGUACACCCCAGCCCAUAGGCCCACCGUCCAUCGUGCUUCAAAUAUGCUCAUUGACGAGUGAGUAUCCUAGUAUCCUACUAUCCAUCCUCAGUUCCCCACAGGCCACAGUCGAAUGUGAAGCAGGAAGCCAGGAACUAGGGAGAACAGAACAGGCCACACUCUAACGACUCUUUGAUUGUACCAACAACUGAAGGGCACCACCAGUGAGUCAGUCGUUUCCACCAUGGCUAUUCCCUUUUCCGCCUCCCAAAAUAUCUUUCUGCAAACCCAGCCCAGGAUUGACGCUGGAAUAGCUUCCUCCUCCCUACUUCCUCCAUAUUCCCCGAGACUGCAAUCGCCGGCGAGGAGUAAAAGCCUAAAGCUGGCUCGUCGCUUAUCGCUUCGUCCGAUCGUCGCUUCUUUAUCCGAAUUACCUUCAUCAACAACUACAGCUACUCCAUCAACUCCACCGCCCAAGCUCCCACUCAGAAAAAUCCCAGGAGACUACGGCCUACCCUUUAUCGGCCCAACCAAAGAUCGCCUCGAUUACUUCUAUAACCAAGGCCGAGAGGAUUACUUCAGGUCCCGAAUUCAGAAGUACCGGUCAACCGUAUUCAGAGCCAACAUGCCACCUGGCCACUUUAUCGCCUCUAACCCUCGUGUUAUCGUCCUCCUCGACGGCCAGAGCUUUCCAGUACUAUUCGACGUCUCCAAGGUCGAGAAGAGAGACCUAUUCACUGGCACCUUCAUGCCCUCCACCCAACUGACCGGCGGUUACCGAGUCCUUUCCUAUUUGGACCCGUCCGAGCCCAAUCAUGCCAAGCUCAAGCAACUCAUUUUCUUCCUUCUCCAAUCCUCCCGCCAGAGGAUCAUCCCAGAGUUUCAUGCCACCUUCACUGAGCUCUUCGAGACCCUAGAGAGUGAGCUCGCCGCAAAAGGGAAAGCCGACUUCGGUGGCCCUAAUGAUCAGGCCUGCUUCAAUUUCCUCGCACGCGCCUUCUAUGGGGCCAACCCAUCGGAGUCAAAGCUCGGCCACGACGGGCCCAAUCUUGUCGCGAAAUGGGUGCUGCUCCAACUAGGCCCUCUUCUCACCCUGGGUUUGCCGAGUCUUGUAGAAGAUCUCCUGCUUCAUACCUUCCGUCUCCCCCCAGUUCUCGUCAAGUCCGACUAUCAGAGGCUCUACGAUUUCUUCUACCAGGUGUCAGGCCGGAUCCUCGACGAAGGGGAGAAGAUGGGGAUCAAGAGGGAGGAGGCUUGCCAUAACCUCCUUUUCGCCACGUGCUUUAAUUCGUUCGGUGGUAUGAAGAUCCUCUUCCCCAACUUGCUCAAGUUUACCGGUCGCGCGGGGCCGAAACUGCACCGCCAGUUGGCUGAAGAGAUCAGGUCCGCCGUGCGAUCUAAUGGGGGAAAGGUGACGAUGGCGGCGAUGGAACAGAUGCCGCUGAUGAAGUCGGUGGUGUACGAAGCGUUGCGUAUCGAGCCACCGGUUGCCCUACAAUACGGGAAAGCGAAGCGAGACCUGGUGAUCGAGAGCCACGAUGCGGCCUUCGAGGUGAAGGAAGGAGAGAUGUUGUUUGGGUAUCAGCCCUUCGCAACGAGAGACCCGAAGAUAUUCGAGAGAGCGGAAGAGUUCGUGCCGGAUCGAUUCGUCGGAGAGGGGGAAAAGUUGUUGAAGCACGUGUUGUGGUCAAACGGACCGGAGGCGGAAAGUCCGACGGUGGAGAACAAGCAGUGCGCCGGGAAGGAUUUCGUGGUGCUGGUAUCUAGGCUGUUGGUGGUGGAAAUGUUCCAACGUUACGAUUCGUUUGAGAUCGAAGUUGGGAAAUCGGCUUUGGGAGCCGCCAUUACUUUGACGUCGGUCAAGCGGGCGAGUUUCUGAUUUCUGAGCUGUCAGCGCUCAGGCAAUCAACAGUGGUAUCAGUUGGAUGGAUUCCGCAAUUUUUUUCGUUUGAAAUUAGUAAUUAUAAUAAUAAUUAUUAUUAUUAUCGUACGUUUGUGACAACGAUUUUUUUGGGAGAAAUGGAAGUCAGCAGUUGCAUAGGCAGUUGGUGGUGGGUGGCCCCACCCACACUAUUUUUUUUUUUUUUUUUAUAGAUAUUAUUGUCAUAUGGAUCACAGGUUCACAAGUUCAGCUUUUCUUGGCGAAAAUGAUAUUCGCCAAAAUAAUUGAUUUUGAUUUCUAAAAUAUAAAUCAAAAUUUCGACAUCCUGGUCGUCAAAUCUCCACUUACUGAAUCAUGAAACCGAUUUCUCAGGGUGCCAUUUGUUUGGUGAAUGGUGACAGCACCACCCCCAAAGAAAAAAGAGGAAAAGCUAGUUGUCUUUUUCAGUGGUCUCUCUAAAUUGUUGGUAUUUCAGGAUCACUCGUCUGCCUAGCCUACGAGGUCACAACUUGGAUCACUUGUCUUUCAAAGUUUGUAUACAAACUUACAUCUAUCGGGAUCCGGCACGGUCGCGUUGUAC